UUUAAUCUCAUAGUUAAAAUAAGAUGUUUUAUAGUGUGCUGCAAAGUUAUUAAUCUGGUAAACAAGUCGGUUUGUUCUCUGUUCAUGUGAAGAAAAGGCAGCGGCUAAACGUUGAACAAAGGCUUUUGUUGGCACCUGAAAGCGGCGGAUGUGUGUGCAGCCUCAGGUUGCAGUCGGCUAGCUGAUCUGUGAGCAUCAAAUGAAGGAAAAACAAAGCAAAUUGAAACUUUAUCCUAAAGUUUGACUUUCAGCCGUUUUAGUGUACACCUUUGUGACGCCGUACAAUUAAACAAACAAGACUGUGUAACGCACACCGGGCCUUCUACUCUGAGCUGGUCCAUAUUUUGGCAACCAAAAAAUAUUUUUGUUGGGAUUUUGUGAAAUAAACAAUUUGCAACUCUGCGCUAUAUUUUGUUGGUCUGUUAAAAAUUAAACCAGUUAAGAUAUCCCAUUAAAGUUCUUUCAAAAGAAAUUGAUGUCUAAUCUAUUUUUUUAAGCAUUUAACAAAAGAAGUGAAAAAAUAAUUUUAACUGAGGAAAGUUAAUUCUUCCAUCCCACCUCCUAUGACUUCAGUGAAAUGCUUCAUACAGUUUCAGGUGUGAAAUGUUUGAGAGGCUUCUUGAUGCACAGCCUGUGUCAAGUCCCAUCACACAUCAUCUCAAAGAGUUCAAGUUCAGGACUUUGACUAGAUCGAGGACUCUCUAUAACUCUUGAUUGUCAGCUUUGGAUCGUUUUCAUAAAGCAGAAUUCAUGUGGUGAUUCUGUGAUGUGAGCUUCGCAGCUAUGAGGUUAUUUUCCCAGAACACUGCAGUUGGUUUGUUCAGAACGUGUCUUCUGUUCUGUUCUCCAAAUAAUCAAAUUCUUGACACAGAGCAAUAUUUUAUAGGCAUUGGUCUUUGCCUAUUUUCUCUGUAAAGCAAAGCAAAGUCAUAAUCUUUCUACCACUUUAAUGAAAGUUAUUCGUGUCUUUCUAUUUUUACAUUAUUAUACUGUGAUGUAAACAUGUGUAGGCCUCCUUAACACAUUUUUAAGGUUUUUGGAGACUUCUUUCAUUGUUUUGCGACCUGCUUUCAGGGUGAACCUGCUCGAAUGACCUGCUCUACUGUUUAAGAUUUAAAGAGGACAAACCUUCAAAAUGCCGAGUAGCAAUAUUAUGGAAGCCCAUUUCUGCCACUCUGUUAAAAAAAUAAAAAAUAAUUAUCUCAUUAUAAUGAGAUAGUAUAAUGAGAUAGUAUCUAAUUAUAAUGAGAUGCCAUCUCGUUAUUUUGAGAUAAUUAUUAUUUUUUAUUUUUUUAACAGAGUGGCAGAAAUGGGUUUCCAUACAAUAUAAACAUGUGCAAUGUAUUUCAAGUAGGUAAAAUCCCAAUUAAUCCCAAUCAAUCUGGCAUUGUUCUAAUUCAUUUUCUCACCAGAUAUGUUGGGUUUUUUUUUUUUCUCUUUAGAAUAAACUUUAAUUUUAUCAUGUUGUAUUACUUGAAAUUUUAAGUGUUGUUGAAAUUUAUAUGAAAUACAAAAGUGUCAAAUAAUAAUAAAAAAAAAAAAAAAAAAUCAACCUCACUGCACACUGAAGUUUGGGAUUACAUGUCCAUGUUCCCCCGGGGCCUCGAAGGGCUUUCAUUUUUCUCCACUGCUCCGGCUGAACAUUUCCACCCCACCAUCUCACGGCUGUCGUCUUCCUUGUCCCAUCUUCCUCAGUCGGCCCUCCGUCAGAUCAGGUCUUUCUCCAGGCAGCGGCCAUCUUUCAGCGGCUUCGCAGAGAGAAGCCGGAACCUUGUCAGCUUCUGCGCUAUGAAAACAGGACCGACACGCUACCGCUCAACAGCGGCGACGACAAGGCCACACAAAAACAAGCCUACCAGCUCGCUUUCAACACCCUCAAAUUACAGCGACUUGUUGCCAUUGGCAAUGGUGAUGCUGUAUGACUUCCAGGACAGGAGGUUUUUGCUUCGUCGGCAUCCAGCUGAAGGAGAGCAGGUGGUUGUCGCUGAAGUCAGAGACCUGGAGAAAAGCCUUCAGAGAUGGAAGAUCAAACUCGCUGCAUCUCUGGCCCGCUUCAGGGUGAAACACAGCCUGCGGAGCGUCUCCCGUUUCCUGUCCGAUUCCCUCCGAACCAAAGAGCGCAGGGCCAAAUCCUUACCGUUCUAUGCAUGGGUCAACACUUUAAACACCAGCCUAGAUGAAAUGUGCGAAAUCUUACGAAGUGCCAACCUCAGUGAAGUGAAGAACAUGGCUGACCUCACGGGUUCAACGUUUUCCAAGGACCCUCUCUGUCCAGACACGCUCGUUUUCUCCCGCAGCCUCUGUAAACCUCUUCAGAGCAGCGUCCUCACCACCACACGUGUGCUAAACAUCCAGGACAGGAGUGUGUGUUUGGCAGUGAGCGUGUCACGGCCAAUCCUGUUUGAUAAAGGGGACGUCCUGCUGGCGGGCUCCUUCUCGGCUCUGACCGUGGCUCACGUAGCUGUGGCGGCCGCCGCUCGGUCGGGCCGAGUUCUGGUGUGCGGCGCCGACCACGCUCCUGUGCAGACGGAAGAGAUGAAGAAUCUGCUCUCUCAGAUGGGAAUCAAAAAUGUCAAAGUCCUGCCAGCAGCUUUCUGCAGUCUGAAUGAGUGGGACAGCGCUGUGCACAGGCUAAAGGUCAUUGUAGUUUUGCCUCAGUGUUCGUCCUCUGCCCUCAAUGACCCAGUCGCCACAAUGCACAGUGAGCAUGGAGACUGGAGCCUACUGCCAGAUUUAUCCCACGGCUCGAUUUCCAAAAGCAAAAUCUUCUCUCUCACCACCCAGCAGGCCCGGCUGCUGGCCCACGCGUUGUCCUUUCCAAAAGUCCAGACGGUGGUCUACUGCACACGCUCAGUGUGCCCUGAGGAAAACGAGCAGCUGGUCGGAAGAGUGUUGGAGAAAACACACAUUCACCCCAAACUGUUGCCAUUCAGGGUGAAUGGGCCUAUUUUCCCUGAUGACUCCGCUUCAGGGGAUGAAACUGACUCCAGGUUCUUCAGGCUCCAUCCCUCUCAGUUCACCAACGGCUGCUUCAUAGCCAGACUGUCGCGGCAGGCGGAUCCCACAAAGGUGGAAUCAGUUCAGGAUGUGUUGGCAAGGGCGGCAGCGAAGGGCCUCUUGGGUGGCAUAAUUCCUGAACCAUCAAAACCUGCAAAGAAGAGCAAAAGGAAGAAGAAACGAGUCGCUUUGAGCACCAGCAGGCCUUCAUCUCCGUCCAGCCAGGAGGAGCCUGAGGCAGCAGAGAUCAGUGAUGGAGUAGAUCCUGCUCUACCUUCAGAAGACGAAGACAAAGAGGAAGGAGAAAAUGAGGCUGACAGGAAGGACAGUAAGACCAAGUCAGAGAAGAAGAAAAAACGAAAAAGCAAAAGAAAUCAGAAACAGAGCAGAGGCGAUGCAGCAGGCCUGAAAAAUCAAGCUAAAGGGCAAAAGAAGAAAGCAAAGAGAAAAGUAAAUCCAUCUCAGCACAGCAAACCGAGACGGAUACCACGUCUUACGCUGACCUUAAUGUCUGCUGAAAAACCCUCCAGACAUUUGUCUCCAAUCACAGCUCUUGCACACAAGAUCAGCGGAAAACCGGUAAAGAAGCUACAGGAGGGCUCCGCUCCAGUCCUAGAAAAACAUCUCUCACAUGCUCAGUCUGCCCCUCAGACGGCCUCUGAGAGGAAAAACAUCCAACCGGAGGAAGAAGAAGAGAGGAACCUGGAGAAACAGAGGAGCCAAUCUGGGAACGUGAGGAAAACGCAGGGAGCGCCGACGGCUACAGGUCACAUUCUGCCGCCAAUCUCUUCCCCGAGCGGCUCUGUCGCCCGGCCGCAGUCUACGACCUCUGACCCACAGUUAGCAUCGUCAUCCUCUCUGAGUGAAUUAUAAAAAAAAAAUAGACACACACACACACUGUCCAUCAUACAGUUGUCUUACUUCAGAAAAUACUCUCCAGCCUUCAGGACCUGAUCGUCUUGUUAUAUAACUGAUGCUCUCCAGCAGAAAAGCAUCAAAAUGUCCGUCAGUUCAUCAUUCCUCUCUGCUGUCACCACAUGCUUGCUCAGGAGGAGCGAUCGCUGCAAAAGUCAGUGACUGAAUGGAACUGGAUGAACUUGAACAAAGAACUGGUCUGCAUGUUAUUACAACGGGGCCCAAAUUGAAUCUGAAUCUGCUGAUGUAAGCAUAUGUGGAUCUGUCUGUCUUUUAAAGUGGAUUGUUGUGGUGACAUUUGUUGUGAACUUGGACUAAAUAAAUAAACUGAAUUAUUUUUAAGAUCAU